CUUAUCCUUUAAAUUGGUGAUAUGGUGUUAUAGUAAACUUUGUAUUUCUGUCUUCCAUGAAAAGCUGCACAAAUAUAUGAGAAAUGUUCAUUACAUGGAACCAUCCGGAGAUGAGAUCUACUUCAAUGAGAGAAGAGAAGUUCCAACCUAUCUUAUUUUAGAAAGUUGGAUUUUUCCUAACAGUACAUAUUAUUCCUAUAAUGAAAUUACCGCUAUAAAACCAGACUCUGUGCCUGAGAUGCUCACCAAUAUGAGUAAUCCCAACUUCUGGAAAAGAGGCCAAAUUCCGGUAUCUCGAUGUUCAGAUCCCUGUUUACCAGGAAGCAGAAAAAAGUUUGGAUCUUCAAUUCAUAAAUGUUGCUAUGAGUGUGUCCCGUGUCCAGAAGGAGAGAUCUCCAACAUUUCCGACAGUGAAAACUGCAUGAAAUGUCCUGAUGAAGAAUGGCCAAAUGAGAAGAAGGAUCGGUGUGUUCCUAAAUUGAUGGAAUUUCUCUCCUACACUGAUGAUCCCAUUGUUGGAGUAUUUUCAGCUGUCUCCAUCAUCUGUUGUCUUCUGACUGGUUUCAUAUUGUGGAUAUUUAUACAUUACCAGGACACCCCCAUUGUUAAAGCCAAUAACAAAACUCUGAGCUAUCUUCUCCUGGUCUCCAUCAUGCUGAGCUUCCUCUGUGUCUUCUUGUUCCUCGGCCAUCCAGUAGAUGUGACCUGCAUGCUCCGUGUCACCUCUUUUGGUGUCAUCUUCUCAGUUGCCGUCUCUUCUCUACUUGCCAAAAGUAUCAUGGUGUGUAUCGCUUUUAAAGCCACCAAACCUGGGAGUCUCUGGAGGAAAUGGAUGGGAGCCAAACUUCCAAAUUCUAUCAUUUGUGUCUUCUCACUGGUCCAAGUCAUAAUCUGUGUCACUUGGUUGUCUAUUUCUCCCCCCUUCCAGGAUCGGGACACUCACUCUUAUCAGGGGAAGAUCAUCAUUCAGUGUAAUGAGGGUUCAGUUAUCGGCUUCUACUCUGUCCUGGGAUAUAUGGGGCUUCUGGCAGCUGUGAGUUUCAUUAUCGCUUUUUUAGCCAGGACAUUACCGGACAGUUUUAAUGAGGCCAAGUACAUCACCUUCAGCAUGCUGGUGUUCUGCAGUGUCUGGAUUGCCAUGAUCCCGGCCUAUCUGAGCACCAGAGGGAAAUACAUGGUGGCUGUGGAGGUUUUUGCUAUAAUGGCCUCAAGUUCUGGACUUCUUGGCUGUAUAUUUUCCCCAAAAUGUUACAUAAUUCUGAUUAGACCUGACCUGAAUAUAAAAGCAGUUAUCAGCUAAUAUAUAUGGAGCAACACUUAGUUUCCAGUAGUUAUAGCAUUAUCUCUAUCAUUGGUAAUUGUAAAAUGUUCCUACUAUAUUGAGAAUGAACACUGUUAAGUAUAAACAUUUAAUACUUACCUCUCCAAUGGAUGGAAAAUAAUUUUUUUGCUCUGCACACUGCUGGUAUCACACACUUUGGGUUUGUUGGAAACCUUGUCUCAUGCUGGGUUUAGUGGUUCCUCCCACCAGCCAUUACGUCACAGAAGAACAAUGUAGUCACUUAGUGAGGAGGAACCACAGUGACCAGAGGAGGACAAUCCAAAUCAUCCUGAAGUGUUCGAUACCAGAGACACCCAUCACUCUUCAAGAGAGGGAAAAUUUCACUCACCACCAUUCCAGAAGGUACAUUUUUAACAUGUGCUUUUAUAAGCUGCUUGUAGUGAAUUUUUUAGUUUUG